UUGACCUCGUCUACCAGCACCCAAAGUCUGAGGCGAAGGGAGGCAUUGGCUUGACACUAGCGUCCGCAAGAGAUGGGAAUGCAGGCGGAUGCGGCGGAGAUGACCGGGCCCCUCCUUGCCGGCGCGCCGUCGGCGGUGGAGGCGGUGCCGCCGUGGCGGGAGCAGCUGACGGUGCGGGGUGUAGUGGUGAGCGCCAUCCUGGGGGUGCUCUUCUGCCUCAUCACGCACAAGCUCAACCUCACGGUGGGGAUCAUUCCUUCGCUCAAUGUCGCCGCGGGCCUGCUCGCCUACUUCCUCGUGCGGACCUGGACCGCGGCGCUGGGCAUGUUCGGCGUCGUCUCCAAGCCCUUCACCAAGCAGGAGAACACCGUCAUCCAGACCUGCGUCGUCGCCUGCUACGGCCUCGCCACCAGCGGAGGAUUCGGAUCGUACAUGCUUGCAAUGGAUCAAAAAACUUAUGAGCUUAUCGGGACUGAUUAUCCUGGUAACAGGGCAGUGGAUGUCAAGAAUCCCUCGCUGAGUUGGAUGAUCGGGUUUAUGUUUGUAGUUAGCUUCAUUGGUAUUUUUAGUCUCGUUGCCCUGCGCAAGGUGAUGGUGAUAAACUAUAAGCUAACCUAUCCCAGAGGAACUGCCACCGCUAUGUUCAUAAACAGUGUCCACGCUGCUACCGGAGAUGAGUUAGUAGAAAAACAAGUUAGUUGUCUCGGAAAGUACUUAAGCAUAAGUUUCCUUUGGAACUGCUUUAAAUGGUUCUUCAGUGGUGUCGGGGAUUCUUGUGGCUUCGACAACUUCCCUUCUCUGGGCCUUGCAGCGUUUAAGAACACGUUUUAUUUUGACUUCAGUCCAACCUAUAUUGGAUGUGGUCUUAUAUGUCCACAUAUAGUUAAUUGCUCUGCACUUCUUGGAGCCAUCAUAUCCUGGGGUUUUCUUUGGCCAUAUAUAUCGACAAAAGCGGGGGAGUGGUACCCAGCUAACCUUGGAAGCAACAACUUCAAAGGACUCUAUGGGUACAAGGUUUUCAUAUCGGUAUCCUUGAUACUUGGUGAUGGUACUUUUAACCUCAUCAAAAUCAUUUAUGCCACUAUCAAGGAAAUAAUGAAUGCACGUUCAAAGCAAGGAAGACUUCCCCUUGUUUGGGUUCAUGAUGAUGAUAAGGAUUCCAAAUUAUCAGUCGAGGAAAAGCUUCUAAAUGAGGUGUUUCUAAAAGACAGUAUCCCUCCCUGGUUGGCAGGAUCUGGUUAUGUGGGCCUUGCAGCAAUUUCAACUACAACAGUACCAAUGAUAUUCCCACAACUCAAGUGGUACCUUGUCCUCUUUGCCUAUGUUGUUGCUCCUCUACUUGCCUUCUGCAACUCAUACGGAACUGGACUAACAGAUUGGAACCUUGCAUUCACAUAUGGAAAGAUUGGCCUUUUCAUUUUUGCCUCAUGGGUUGGCCAACAUGGUGGUGUGAUCGCCGGCUUAGCAGCUUGUGGUGUUAUGAUGUCCAUCGUAUCCACAGCUGGUGAUCUCAUGCAUGACUUCAAGACUGGGUACCUGACCCUCUCAUCACCAAGGUCCAUGUUUGUGUCACAGUUGAUUGGCACUUCCCUUGGUUGUGUCAUUGCUCCUCUAACCUUUUGGCUUUACUGGACAUCCUUCGAUAUUGGCAAUCCUGAUGGUAUGUUCAAAGCUCCAUAUGCCGCCAUCUUCCGUGAGAUGUCAAUCAUGGGUGUCGAAGGAUUCUCAGUGUUGCCACGACAUUGCCUAGCAAUAUGCUCUUUCUUCUUCUUUGGAGCCAUAGCAAUCAAGCUCAUCCGGGAUGUCACCCCAAACAGUCUCUCCAAAUUCAUCCCGCUCCCGAUGGCCAUGGCCGUUUCAUUUUACAUUGGGGCAUACUUCGCGAUUGACAUGUUUAUCGGGACUGUCAUCUUGUUUGUAUGGGAGAGGGUGAACCGUAAGGAGGCAGAGGAGUUUGCGGGUGCGGUUGCUUCUGGUUUGAUCUGCGGUGAUGGUAUCUGGAGUGUCCCGUCUGCAAUAUUGUCCAUCAUGAGGAUUGACCCACCAAUGUGCAUGUACUUCAAGCCAUCGUUUACCUAUGGCUGAAAGUAGAGGAACUUUUGUAGUUUUAUGUGAUAGUACCACAACACACUCGUGUAAAUUAGACCAUGGCAAUACAACAAUAGCUAUGUUCAUUUUGUUUGUGUCUUC